UUGUCAAGACAGUUGGAUCUCUGGCUGUCCAAGGCUGAUCUGACACACGGCCCAGCGAGAGCCAUUAUAGCACCCCACGCCGGUUACUCGUACUGCGGCGCGUGCGCAGCCUUCGCCUAUAGACAAGUCAGUCCUUUAGUAGUUAAGCGUAUCUUCAUCUUGGGUCCAUCUCACCACGUCCGUCUUCGAGGCUGCGCUUUAUCAUCACUAGACAAGUACGCGACCCCGCUGUACGACCUCACUAUUGAUAAACAGAUAUACGCGGAGCUGGAGGCGACCGGUCAGUUUGAGUUCAUGGAUGUACAGACGGAUGAAGAUGAGCAUUCCAUAGAAAUGCAUCUACCAUACAUCGCUAAGGUUAUGGAGGAAUUCAAAACCGCAUUCACCAUCAUACCAAUCCUAGUUGGUUCUUUAUCACCAGAUAGGGAAGCGAAAUAUGGUGCUAUCCUGGCUCCAUACUUGGCUGAUCCUCAAAACCUAGUGGUGAUAUCAUCAGAUUUUUGCCAUUGGGGCUCAAGAUUCAGAUAUACUUGGAGAGAUGGAAACAGAAAUAUACACCAGGCCAUAGAAUGGUUGGACCAUCAGGGUAUGUCUAUAAUAGAGAAGCUUGACGCCCGCGGCUUCAAUAACUAUUUAGACCAGUACGGAAACACCAUUUGUGGUAGACAUCCGAUCGGUGUACUUUUACAGGCUUGCGAAAAGCUCAGAUGUCAGUCGGGUGCUCCUCAAAUGUCAAUGAAGUUUCUUAAGUACGCUCAAUCAUCUCAAUGUAUGACUAUGAGAGACUCAUCUGUGUCAUAUGCGAGCGCCUCACUUGUUAUGGAGUAA